GCAUGAUAUUUACAUUUUCCUGCUGCUGAAAUAACACUCCGGAUUGUCCAUUUCUCUUGUGGGGCGCCAAAAACCAUUACUCCAAAAGGCCAAAAUCAGCGAAGAGGCCCCUUUUUUACUCUCUCUCUCUCUCUCUCUCCAACGCAAACGCACCGAGUUAAUCUUGCUGACGUAAAGAUUCAACUUCUCUCAAGCUCUGUUUUCUCUUCGCCGACCCAAACAUAAACGGAAGAGGAAACAGGAGAAAUAGUAAAAAGGGAGACCGGGGGGUUUAGGGUUUUGAUUCGCUGCCACUGCUUCCAUUUCAGCAUUCGGUGGGCGACUGGGGUGUGCCCCCUUCCCUACCAUUGAAUCUGCUUUCUCCGAUUUGCUGCGAAAUUAGGGUUCGUAGUAGCUUUUGGGGCUAAUUGUUCCGUCGAUUCCGAGAACAGUGAGUAAAUCAUAGACAAGAUGUAUGCUGAUCGGGUGGACAGUGGAGUCAGGAGAUCCGCCAAGGAACGCCUUAACGGAAACACCGUCACUGAUUCUUCACGGCCGCAACGGCAAAUCACCGGCAAGAGGCAAAGGCAAGAUGACAAGUGGGAACAUGAUCUCUUUGAUGAUGAUGAUGGAUCCCGGAUCACUAAUCGCAAAGUUACUUCUCAUGAUCUUCGUCUUAAGCUUCAAAAGAAAGGUCUUCAACCGGCAACUCAGAGUGGAAGGAGUUCUGCUCCAAAUGUGCGGGAUCUUCGUGAAAGGCUAUCUGGGACAAUGACUGUGCAACCUAAAAACAUUGAUCCACCAAAGUCAAAGGUGGUAGCCAAACCAAGCAGUAAAAGUGUCGGUGUUGAGGCUCCUGCAGUACAGGCCAAGAGACCAUCUAAUUCAGUCCCUAAAAAGUUGCCACAGAAGGCUGAUAUUUCGGUGGAUGAUUUCUUGCAAUCAUUGGGUCUCGAAAAGUAUCUCAUAACUUUUCAGGCAGAAGAAGUUGAUAUGGCAGCCCUUAAUCAUAUGACUGAUGAGGAUCUCAAGGCUAUGGGUAUACCAAUGGGGCCAAGAAAGAAGAUACUUUUAGCGCUAGAGUCAAAGGUCUAAUAUUGAUACUCUUAGCUUGAAGCACAUGUUCAUGAAAUGGUGGUGGAUUGAUCAGCGUCUGAAAGCCAAGUGUAAUAGCAUAGCUCUUUUGACUGUCUUCAAUUUCUUUUGUAAUAUUAUUUCCCCAAAAUCUUAGACAUGAAGCAGGUUAGUUUGGAGUUAUGUUGGCAAAACCUGUCAACUUUUUGGAGCUUAUUAUACAUGUGCCUAUUAAUGAAUGCAUUUAAGGGGAAUUUGCCUUUAGAA